AUGCCUGUCAGAAGGGGCCACGUUGCACCAAGGACCACCAUUAUCGAAACCAUCAUUAGAAAAUUUGAUACUCAUGAUAGAAGUUUUUUGGUAGCCAACGCUCAACAAGGACUAUGUCACAUUAUUUAUUGUUCGGACGGAUUUUGCCGGCUUACCGGAUUUUCGAGGGCGGAGGUGAUGCAACGACCAGCCGUUUGCGAUUUUCUUCAUGGACCAAUGACCUCACCUCAUGCUAUUGCUGCAUUACGCGAAGCAUUGAUUGCAGGCGCUGAAAAACAUUUUGAAAUUCUUUAUUACAGAAAAGACGGUACAAAGUUCUUGUGUAGCGAGGUUAUCGCUCCAAUAAGAAGCGAGGUGGAUGACAUCUGCCUGCAGAUUAUCAAUUUUGAAGAUCUUAGUGCUCAGCCACCCCCGCCACCAGCUGUGCCUCCCCCUUCAACAACUAAUAAUCGUCUUGCUACCCGAUUUGAUAGAGCCAGAGCAUCCUUUCGAGCUGGAUUCCCAUUAACAUGCGGGUCGCCGACGAUGUUAGAAUCCUGGGGAUCUGCGCGAAUCGGAACGCCACCACCAUCAACAAUAGCUCCAUUACCAUUGCCAGCGAGUAACAGCAGCCAUGGAUUGUCAACAGGCCUUGGAGCUACAACUCGUCCAACAACAACAACGACUGUUGCUACCGCGCCAAUCGCCAGCCCCGAAGGAAUUUCACCAAAGUCUGGUAUCUGGGAUGGCACGAAUUGCUCACCAGGAAACGGUAAUGAUGGACCGUCAAGAAGUGUAUCACAUGCUGCAAGUCUGGAUGCCAUUUCAAGGAGGAUGGUCAAGUCCGACAUGUCACGAAUACCAUGUAGGAGUCUCACUUGCAGUGUUCUACCUAAUCGAGGAAGUGAAUGCGCAACCGGGCUCGAGCGGUGGCCAGCAACGGUCGAUAAUCUCAUGGAAGCAACAAAGCACUCUAAAAUAUUUCCUGGAGUGGCGUCAGAGAGUGAUUUGCAGCGAUGGCGAGCUUCAAAAGAAAGAAAAUCCCCGUCUCUUAGUCAAAUGGGAUCAGAUUCUGUUAAACACAAAUUCUCUCUUCAGGACAACGGCUCGGCUAAGUACUUUCAAGGAGUCAUGCAUACACCUAAUAUGGGAGAAAAAGUUGCUCAAGAAUCGUGCGAUUACGACGAUUACCCCGAAUACGAGUACAAUCAGUGUCAGGCAAAUAGUGGUAUUGGUAGUGGUAGUGGUAGUGAUAGUGCCAGUGGUAAAGUUGAAAAAAAAAAACUUAUUGUUGACGAGAGCAAAGGCUUAUGUGAACUGGCGCCUCAUAGUGCGAUGAACGCGGGGGCUGGUCGGGUGUCUGACCCCCCCAGCCCCCAGGACAUUAGACUUUUGCAUGAGUUUGUCGAAGAUAUCGAAAAACAUGACGAACAUUGUAAACCACGUGAAGAGAGGGUAUUAUCACUGGGCGCAGAUGUACUGCCGGAAUACAAAUUACAGUCGCCACGUAUCCACAAGUGGACGGUCCUACAUUAUUCACCAUUUAAAGCCGUUUGGGAUUGGAUUAUCCUACUUCUUGUUAUGUACACAGCUAUAUUUACACCUUAUGUUGCCGCUUUUUUGCUCAGUGAACCUGAUUAUAACAGCAGAAAGGCGAAAAAAUACAGCGAUGAUCCCAUUGUCAUUAUCGAUCUUAUUGUGGACGUAACAUUUGUGAUAGACAUAUUGAUAAAUUUUCGCACGACUUUUGUCAACACCAACGACGAAGUAGUAUCCGGACCGUGGAAAAUAGCCGUCCAUUAUCUUAGGGGAUGGUUCAUCAUAGACCUGGUUGCUGCCAUACCCUUUGACCUCCUCCUCUACGGCUACAACACUGACGAAACAACGACACUGAUGGGAUUGUUAAAGACUGCGCGGCUGUUGCGAUUAGUCAGAGUGGCGAGAAAAAUAGAUCGUUACAGUGAAUAUGGGGCGGCGGUUCUUCUUUUGCUUAUGGCAACCUUUGCGUUGAUCGCUCACUGGAUGGCUUGCAUCUGGUAUGCUAUCGGAAAUGCUGAAAGGCCGCUUUUGAAAAGUAAAGUUGGCUGGUUGGAUAUACUAGCAAAUGACACUCAUCAGUUCUAUUAUCACAACAACACUGGUGGACCCAGUAUAAAGAGUCGUUAUAUUACUGCUUUGUAUUUUACCUUCAGUAGUCUUACCUCAGUAGGUUUUGGUAAUGUCGCUCCAAAUACGGAUACCGAAAAAAUUUUUACUAUCGUCGUUAUGUUAAUUGGAUCGCUUAUUAUUUUCGGAAAUGUAUCAGCAAUAAUACAACGACUGUACAGUGGAACAGCACGUUAUCAUACGCAAAUGUUAAGAGUACGUGAGUUUAUUAGAUUUCAUCAGAUACCAAAUCCUUUAAGACAACGACUGGAGGAAUAUUUUCAACAUGCUUGGACUUACACGAACGGUAUUGAUAUGAAUAGCGUGCUAAAAGGGUUUCCAGAGUGCCUCCAGGCGGAUAUUUGUCUUCAUCUUAACCGGCAACUACUCAACAACUGCAAAGCUUUUGAAAAGGCCAGUCCAGGCUGUUUAAGAGCACUGUCGCUCAAGUUCAAGACAACUCAUGCUCCGCCUGGAGACACGUUGGUCCAUCGUGGAGACGUUCUUACCUCUUUAUAUUUUAUUUCCCGCGGUAGUAUUGAAAUUCUUAAAAACGAUAUAGUUAUGGCUAUAUUGAAUCCUCCUGACAUAUUUGGGGAAAAUCCUUGUGAGCAUCCAACCGUUGGAAAGUCUUCCUGCAACGUACGGGCACUUACUUACUGUGAUUUACAUAAAAUACAUCGAGAUGAUCUUUUAGAUGUCCUUGCACUCUAUCCGGAAUUUCAUCAGCAUUUUAUUGAAAAUUUAGAGAUAACAUUCAACAUGAGAGAUGAUGAACAAGCAGGAGUUGAUCCAAUAUCAGCAAGAUUUCCCGUAAGCACUCCUACAGACAUUGAUGGAGAUACAAGAAGAUUUGCGUUCCGUCCUCCGCGUUAUCGAUUUGGCCCAGGUAUUAUUGGGGCUCCAAACACCCAUCUAGUACCGACAGGUCGUCAAGAUUCUUUCCAAGAUGACCCUGAUGACUACGACAAGUCAAGUGGCCACGGCAUCUUGGAAUUCAGUACCGACAAAGCAGGUCAAGAUGUCACUCCAAUGAACUUGGAGUUUGAUGAACCUAAGCAACGAAGCUCGACCCUCAACUCCAUCACUGGCAUGCUAACUCACCUCAAGCGCAGUAUACCGGAUCUUCGCCAGCAGACAAAAAUUCAUCUACAGCCGCUAACUAGCCACGACUAUUUGGCCAAACAAGCGACUACGCCACUGACGAGGCCGCCGCGAAAAAGUUCUACCACUGGUGAUACAACUCACAGUAUUAUCCAACCAGUUUCAAAUACAUCUAGUCAUUACACAACACCAUCACCACCUCAGCAACAGCUUCAGCUUCUUCAGCAACAUUCGCAUGGUGACUUUCAAAGUGGACCAGGACGGCCUCUGGAGGAAAUAAAUAUCAGAAUCGACGAUCUGUCACGUCAGGUCUCUUCUCUGGAGCGAACAAUGGCCGGAGAUCUUAGAUUAAUUUUGGCGAUGCUUCAGCAAACGCUGGACACAUCAAAAGACAGCUCCAGUACGGACAUGAUGCCUGGUACAGCUCCAGCAGCCCCAAUAACAACCAUUAGAUCAUCCCGAGCACCCGCUUUAGCACAAAGAUCUGCCAGCGAGCCACAGCCAUCAUCUUUGCCCGGUUCUUCCUCAACAAAUGGAAAUGGAGCAAAGAUACAGUCCAGCGCCUCACACAGUCUCUUCCGGCCACCAACUCGCGAACCAACCUCAACGUCAUCGGGAACCUCACGACUUACAUUAACAUCAGACACAUCAGCCCUAGCCACUGCCUUGCAGAGUGCCCUUAAUGGUGGCUCGCGUAUAGCCCCAACGAGGUCACAGAGUCAGCCUGUCGAUUUAACGGGCCCACCAAUCACCUCCCAAGCCCAUCAUCACCAUCACCAGCUUCAUGGAUGGCACAGUCAGCCCGCAGCAUUUAGACGCGGAGAAUUUAGAACCGGUUCUUUUAAUAAAAGAUCAGAACCAGAGACUGAAGAUCCGUGGACAGCGAUACCAACAGGUGUAACCACUAGUGUUACAGUAUCGGGAACUGGAAGUCUUCAACGACCAAGGUCCAGUGACUUGAGAAAAGAUGCAAAUGGAAAAUCAGAAAACAGACUUGCUCAGCAAACUCCAGUGAUAACAUCAUCAUCAUCAUCAUCAUCAUCAUCAGCAGCAGCAGCAGCCGCAACCGCAACCGCAACCGCAACCGCAUCAGAGAUAAGACCUGAAACAUCUCGUCAAACAAGCGAAGAAAUGUCCUGGGAGUUUACUAUCAACGAAGCCCCUAUCGCCAGAUUAGAUAUCAUCAACAAUAACAGGAGUUGUUACAAUGAUAAAGAUAAUUUUGUAUCAUUAUUAUCAUUAUUUUUAAUUAUUAUCAAACUAUCUUUAUCACCGUCAAGCUUAGUUGAAGAAUCAUUAGGUGUACUACUUGUGCAAGAUCUAACAUUUAGCCCAUUAUUUAAGGGCUCAACAGACGUACGUCCAGCCGUAUUAUCACAGUUUAAUUGUGACCGACUUGUGGUUACUAACGAAGAUGAUGGCGAUGAUUUAACUGAUACAAUUCCUGUUGAAUUUGUCGUUUGCGGUGAUUGA